GGCUAGUUGCCCGCGACUCCUCAAGCUCAGCAUGCAGCGACCUUCCAGGCAAAUAUAGCUGGAAGCAUUAGGGGCGCCACGCCAAGUUUGGCAGGGAGUGUGCCUGCGAGUCGGAGAAGCAGUGUACAACCUGAGCACAUGCCAGACACACAUCAUAGUAGCAACUGGCAGCUUGUGCAAAAUACUCCGGGUCUAAUCAGAACGAACAGCGAGUCCUACUCCUCGCCAUCCCUUCCAAUGUCAGCUGGCAUAGCUAGGACAAACAGUGAUCUGAUAGCUGCUCCUAGGCCUGUGCCUGCGGCACAGCUACUCAACCAUCGCAAUGGUCGUGUGCAGUGGAAUUUGGGAUCAGAGGGGUAGGCUAUCGUACAGGCAGGGCCUCAAGACUGAGGUUGAGAUUGGACACAAUGUGGGCUUGCAACACUGCAUGAUCACAAAGCCUU